CAUGCCUCCUUGCCACUACCUGCCCUAGUUACCAUAUUUCAGUCCUGAGUUCAUAUCUCUCGCCUAUAUCCGCACCUAUUCAAAAAUUCUAUUCGAGAUGGUCAAGGAGGAGGAGCUUAUUAAGCUGGCCCACCCCGAAUUCUGGGAUGCGCGCUAUACUUCAGAGCAAAAGGUUAGACAAGAUGGCACACAGACAGUACUUGAUUCCUAUGAGUGGUUUCGUAACUUCGAGACACUGCGUCCUUUUUUUUCGAAACAUCUUCCAGCCUCCUCUAGUAGCUGUCACAUAUUGCAUCUAGGUUGCGGAAGCAGCACCUUGACAGCGGAUCUUCACACCCUUGGAUACACGAAUCAGACGAGCGUUGACUUUUCUCGAGUGGUUAUCGACGCUAUGAAAUCGAAGUAUUCACACUUAGAUACUCGAUGGUGUGUAAUGGAUGUGCGCUGUCUGGAAAUGCCUAAUGGAUCGGUUGAUGUGGCAAUCGACAAAGGGACACUAGAUGCCAUGAUUCAUGGCUCCCUGUGGGAUCCACCCGAAGAUGUUCGAUGUAAUGUGGGCAAGUAUGUUGACGAGAUUACGCGGGUGUUGAAACCUGGAGGCCAGUGGCUCUAUAUUACAUACCGACAGCCGCACUUUAUGAAGCCAUUGCUCGAAAGGGAGGACUUGUGGACCUUGUCGGUUGAAGAACUGAGUGACGGCGCGGGUGCAUUUAACUACUUCAGCUUCAUUAUGAAGAGGCAUCAAAAUUUGGACUUAGGGCAUCAGUCACUGUUGAUCGAUGGGAAACAGGAAGCGUAACUGCAUGUGGAAACCAGUCCGAGAAGGACCGUAGUAUUAUCAACAACUGUCUUCAAGGGUGCCGGGUAUGGCAACGUCUCAAUCCCCUAUCUCUAUAAGAAGACGCGGCUUCAGGCUUCGGAUGAUCAAGCAUACCUUUCCAGAAGCGCGGGGAAAGCCGUCUGCGGCUCUGUAUAAACGUCGGGUCGCUUGUGGACGGUCUCCUUACUUCCAAUUCCUUUCAGUCGGAAAAAAAAGGAGGUAGCCGACGAUUAUUGAGCAUUUAAGCCUUCUGCCU